UGGGUGGGGGGGAUCUGCCUUUGUGGUGUACGAGGCUUGUGGGUGUGAUUCCCCCCUCUUUUCUCCCUCCUCCCUCCCUCAUCUCCGGUUGGUCGACUGUUGGGCUCGCUGCUUCCUCGGCAAAGCGACGCUAGCUGGGGCUGGCUAGUUCUUGAGCUAGCGGUGUGGGGGCUCUUCGCUGAUUUUCGUGGGCUCGUCUGGUUUCCCGGUCAAUGCCCCAAAACACAUUGAUUCAGAUUAUCAAGUGCCCCAAUAGCUGGAGAGAGGUAACCGAAAAAGAGGAGUAAAAUGAGUGAACUGGACCAGUUACGGCAAGAGGCCGAGCAGCUAAAAAAUCAGAUCAGAGAUGCCAGGAAAGCAUGUGCCGAUGCCACUCUAUCACAGAUCACGGCUAACAUUGACCCCGUCGGGCGAAUUCAGAUGCGUACAAGACGAACACUGCGGGGUCAUCUGGCCAAAAUCUAUGCCAUGCACUGGGGCACAGAUUCCAGGCUCUUGGUCAGUGCCUCUCAGGAUGGCAAACUAAUUAUUUGGGACAGCUAUACCACAAAUAAGGUCCAUGCCAUUCCACUUCGUUCUUCCUGGGUCAUGACGUGCGCGUAUGCACCUUCAGGAAAUUACGUUGCCUGCGGCGGCUUAGACAACAUCUGCUCCAUUUACAACCUGAAAACCCGUGAGGGCAACGUACGCGUGAGCCGUGAGCUGGCCGGACAUACAGGAUACCUUUCCUGCUGUCGUUUUCUUGAUGACAACCAGAUUGUUACGAGCUCGGGAGACACCACCUGUGCACUUUGGGAUAUUGAAACCGGCCAGCAGACAACCACGUUCGCCGGGCACACAGGUGACGUCAUGAGCCUCUCUCUGGCCCCAGACUCCCGGUUAUUUGUCUCCGGUGCUUGCGACGCUUCGGCCAAACUCUGGGAUGUGCGAGAGGGCAUGUGCAGACAGACCUUCACUGGUCAUGAGUCUGACAUCAAUGCCAUCUGUUUCUUCCCCAACGGCAACGCCUUUGCCACCGGCUCGGACGACGCCACCUGCAGGCUGUUUGACCUGCGCGCCGAUCAGGAAUUGAUGAUCUACUCUCACGACAACAUCAUCUGCGGCAUCACCUCAGUGGCGUUCUCCAAGAGUGGCCGUCUCCUCCUGGCCGGAUAUGACGAUUUCAACUGCAACGUGUGGGACACACUAAAGGCCGACCGUGCUGGUGUGUUGGCUGGUCAUGACAACCGAGUGAGCUGCCUGGGUGUGACUGAUGAUGGCAUGGCGGUUGCCACAGGAUCCUGGGACAGCUUCCUGAAGAUCUGGAAUUGAAGCCUGAAGAUGUCCUUUUAACUCCAAAGCCGACUGGAAGACCAUUACAACUUCAGAAUGUUCACAGCAUCUUCUUCAACACUGUUUAAAACUGACUUGGACACCACAAAAAAUGUCGAAGGGAAAACCAAUCCUUCCUACACAAAGAAGAGCACAAUUGUCUUAUCACCUAAUUAAAGAAAGGAUCUCCUGUGGUAUCAAAUCAGAAACUUGUGCAUUCCUUCUCGGACCAUUUCAUGUUACCUUGAAAGAAAGAGAGAGAGAGAGAAAGAAAGAGGGGGAAAAACACUAUCAUCCCAUUUAAACGUGUGUGUCUUGAAAGCAAAUGUUGGCGUGUAAUUGUACAAAUUAUUUAACUUUUUUUUAAGAAAUCUAUUCUGACGGUUUGUUACUCUCAAUGGCUUUCUUUUUUUUUUGGGUUGUAUUUCUUUAGUAGUUUUAGACAUGUUUGAAUGAAAGCUUGUCCUUUCUAAUCCAGUUAAAUCACGUAUGAGCGAUGAGAGAUAAAAACAUGCAGAAGUUAAACAAACAAAAAAAAAGCUUCGAUCAUAUUACACGAGCAGCUUUUCCAAAAUGUCUGUAUUUAUAUACUAGCUGUUUCUUUUGUUUUUCUCAUCACAGCCUUUUGCACAUGAAGAAGCUUUGCCUCUCAACUAAUACAAUGUUAACUAACCAAGCACAUGCUAUAAGUUAUGAAUGCUCAUUCCAGUACAAAAUUGAGUUCUUACGAGUAACUUUGUCCAGUUAUAACUCCCCCUUAAUUCUUGUAAAUGCCUUUGAAUUUGGGUGGGAUGAGACGGUGUAGCAAGGAAGGUGCUGAGGUUGUCUGGGGCAGUAGUUGGAUUUUAUGACGUAGAUUAGGGAGGGUUAGGGUCUUGUGUUUAGUAUCCACUUUUUUUAGUGAAACACCUCACCUGACUAAAUAGACACUUCCUUUGCUUGGGACUGCAGUUCCAACUCUGUGAAUGAAAUGUACACAAAAAAAAAAAAAUCAAUGUCUGGAUAAAAAAUAAUGAUCUGUUUUUAAGUUUAGACAUUUAAUUUUGUCUGACACGACUUAAUUUAGAUGUGCAUGCUGUAGACUUGCUUUCAGUGGUGUGAAAAUAAUAAAUACGAGAAGAAAAAAACUUCCUGCAUUUUUUUUCAUUUUGGUUUAUAAAAAGGAGAAUUGACCUGAUUGAUUGAACCUAAUCCAAGUCAUUUUUAGGGCACCGGCUCUGCAUACUAAUAACUGGUAAUGCUAUGCAACAGAGUGAGCAAGAGACUGCAUACCUAGUGUCAAAUAUGCUUACCAGUUCUGUUGAUGCCAAUUUUUAAGAAUAUAACAAUCAUUGUGAUGAUUCUAUCCUUGGCAAGCCUUUUUCUCUUCUUCAAACAAGGAGAACAAACACUCUCUCACAGUGUCCAUAUUACAUCUUUUUUGUUUUGGUCUUAAAUUCAAAAAGCAGAACAUCUGAAUGACAUUUCACUGUAUACAGAAGCACUUUUGUUAAUGUAACAUUCUCACUUUUUCCUUUCUCUGCGAUGAUGUACUUCAAUAAAUGUGAUGUAUUUUUGUGUGGCCACAAGUGAAAAUGCAAUUCAACUCCAGAUGGAUUCCCCACUCCCCACACCCUCUUUCCAUGAAUAUAAUAGAGCUCUGCACCCUUAUGUAGCUUUCCAUUUUAUUUUUUAUUUUUUUUUGUAUUUCCUUUUAGUCUGUUGGUGUUCCACGGUGAGCUGGAUGCAAGAUAAAUACUGUACUAAAAUGUACUGUUAUUGAUUGAAGAUGUAAUAAAAAGCUGUUUGAGAGUUA